GAAUUGUAGGUAUUAACAUUUAAGAGUUCGACAUUAUUUUGACUGUCAUUUAACGUGAAUCGGAACACAGCUAUUUUAUAACCUCAAUCAUUGUGGUCAUCUGUGUUUUUAUUUAUAAAAUAUUUAUAUAAUUAAUUAAAAAUGCUGACAAGGCUUCGGUUCAGACGAGAUUUUCGGCUUAUAGUCAGAUGUUUAUCCGACAAGCCAUCAGACGGCGAUGGAAAAGUGCCCGAAUCUAAGGAAAAACCAGCAGUAACACAGAAGUCCUCAGAAAAUGCCACUGAAAAGAUCCAAGAACUGUUGAAGUUGAUGUUGGCUGAACCAAAAAUAAAGGAAAGUGAAUACAAAGAUAAAUUUGCUACUGCACCAGUUAUACAGAGACGUAAGAAAGGCGAUGAAAUUGAAGUUAAAACAGAGAAAAUAGAGGAAAGCAUCACAAAAGCAGCUGGAGAGGUAGCACAAGCUAUUGGUGGGAAUGUGAAGCAGACGGAGGCGGAGCUGCUGUCCAGGGUACUGGGAAAGAUCAACCAGUCAUCUACGACUCUUAGUGAUCUCCUCGUGGGUAUGAAGGUGGACCGUUCAAAAGAGGGAGAGGAUCAGAAACCACAAGAGACAAGAGGCCAGCAAGUGAAACGUCUUGUGUCCAAAGCAAAAGUGACACAGGAGACAAGGUACUCUCAGAGGAAGGCCAAACCUGCUGGCGGAGAACAAAGGGGAGAGAGACGGAAAGUACCUGCAGUAUCCGAACCAACAAUAGUAAACAUAUUUAGCGGGCAGCCGCUAGGUAUCUUCAAAGCGAAGGAUUCCAACUAUGGCACUACGCUAGACGUGUGGGAGAACUUAAAGCAAAGAGAACUGACCCUGGCCACCUCACAGCAACCUGCCAACUAUUUCCAGAAGAUGAUCCUGUGGACGGAACAGGGAAAGAUCUGGAAAUUCCCUAUUAAUAAUGAACAAGGUUUAGAAGAAGAGCAGAAUGUACACUUUUCUGAACACAUCUUCCUUGAUGCCCACCUCGAGGGCUGGUGCCCCAAGAAGGGUCCAAUCAGACACUUCAUGGAACUAGUAUGCGUCGGUUUGUCUAAAAACGCAUUCUACACAGUUCAAGAGAAGAAAGACCAUAUCAUGUGGUACAAAGAGUAUUUUGAAUCCAAGAAGGAUUUACUCACAGAAGUUGGUGCUUGGGAUCAAGCAGCCAAGACCAAUGCAGAAGCUAGCCAGAAUUAAUUUUUAGAUUUUAUAAUAUGUAUGUAAGGUAUGAAAUAUAAUUAGUGUUACAAUGUU